AUGGCAGCGAAGUGUAGCGGCGUGAGGAUCAAGGUGUUGAGCAUGGCAGGGGAGAUUCUGUACUCCCUGGAAGCAGACCAGUCCUGGAAGGUCAUUGAGCUCAAGCAGCAGAUCGCGAGCUAUCUCCGCCCUGUGAAGGGGCUUUUCCAAUUGAGCUUGGAAGACGGAGUGCUGCAGGACCAUGAAACCUUGGCAGAUCGUCUGGGCACCGACCUGACACUCGACCUGGAGGUCACGUUGAUUUUCGAGGCCUGCGACUUGGAGGCUCUCUUGCUCCCCCGACGGUGCAUCGUCGACCGGCGGGCGCGGGUGGUGACGGAGGAUGUGGAGGAACUGAGACGGCUGUGCAGCAUGGCCAAGGAGAUCCUUUGUCAAGAGCCAUCGGUGCUGGACUUGGAACCUCCUUUGACCCUGGCAGCGCAUUUGGCGGGGCGCAUGGAUCAGCUGAAUACGAUCUUCACCCAACUGGGUGAGCCGAGUUCACAGACACCCUACCUUUUUUUGGGAAACUAUUUGAACAGAGGGCGACAGAGCUCGGAGGUGCUGAUCAUGCUCUUGGCAUACAAGUGCAAGUUCCCCGAGCACGUUCAUUUGCUUCGAGGUCAGCAGGAGACUCGAAAGGCCACUAGGGCCAAGGGCUUCUACGAUGAAUGCAAGAGGAUCUAUAAUGUGAAGAUCUGGAAGAGCUUCAUGGAGGUCUUGGAUCACUUGCCUCUUUGUGCCUUGGUGAAGAGCCGCAUCUUUUGCGUCUCUGGUGGUUUGUCGCCCAGAACUUGCAGUUUGGAGCAACUGCGGCGAAUACCAAGACCCACUGCAGCAGAGGGGGAUGAACUAGUCUGUGAUUUGUUGUGGUCCUUCCCCGAAGAGCUGCCGCUGCCAUGCCUUGCGGCUUCGGAGGGUUGCUGCUACGGCCCCGAGGUGGUGAAGCAGUUUUUGAAGGAUCAUCAGUUGGAGCUGGUGGUGCAAGGAAACCUGGUGAAAGAAUCUGGUUAUGAUGACACCUUUGCUGACGGAAAGCUGGUGACCGUCUUCAGUUGUGCCAACUAUGCGGAGGAAAGAGUCUCGAACAAGGGUGCAGUGAUGCGCAUUCACGAGGAUCUCACAUACAUCUUUUGCACCCAUGAGUGCAUUGAGGAGCAUCAAGUUUAA